AUGUCGGUGGCCCGACUCCCCAUGGAAGCUGACGACCGGGAGUCUAAGAGGGUCAAAGGGAUGGUCUCGCCCAUACUCGGAUUCUCGGAUGAGGAUAAAGUUGGAACCAUCCCGCCCCACGAUGAUCCUCUAGUCGUCACACUCAGGAUUGAGGGAUAUGACGUGAGGAGGGUGCUAGUCAACCAGGGCAGUGUCGUGGAGGUAAUGUACCUCGACUUGUAUAUGGGGCUGAAGCUGCGACCAGAAGACCUGAUGGCAUAUGACUCCAUUUUGGUGAGUUUUGAAGGGAAAACUGUUACUCUGAAAGGCCAGAUUAGGCUGACUAUACAAACAGGCUCGGACAUAGUGGAGGUGGACUUCAUAGUGGUGGACGCAUAUUCGCCCUACACUACCAUUGUAGCCAAACCGUGGCUUCACGCCCUAGGAGCUGUAUCAUCAACCCUACACCAAAAGGUGAAGUACCCAUCGGAGGGUCAGGUCAAAGAAGUGAUAGGGGACCAAGCCAUGGCCCGACAAUGCAUAGUGUUCGCCAUCUCACGACGACCGAGUACUGAGCCUUCUACCUCUAUCGAGAAUGGCUUAUAA